AUGCCGUCCAUUAAACGUGUACAGGCGCCCUCAGACUCUGAGGACCAAAGUGACGACGGGGGAUCUGAGAGCGCCGCGUCCAACUCCACGCCUUACUCGAGAAAACGAGCCCGUCUAUCCGAUUCUCCCACCUCUUCUGAUGGGUCGGCAGUGAACGACCGACAUUCCAGCUCCCCCUCCAGCUCCCCCUCCGCCGAUGAUACGCUCCUCGACGAAGAUGAGGACGAGGAAGAGCUCGAAUUGCGACAGACACAAAUCGUUCAGGAAAAAUACGCCCACCGUAUCGAUGAAGCCAACAUCCCUGCAGAACACGGCAUUCUCGAACGUGUAGAAUGCUACAAUUUUAUGUGUCAUAACCACUUUUCUGUGGAGCUCGGACCUUUGAUAAAUUUCAUCGUUGGGAAGAAUGGCAGCGGGAAAAGCGCCAUUCUGACCGCGAUAACGCUCUGCCUAGGUGGCAAAGCGUCCGCGACAAACCGCGGGCAGAGCUUGAAGAGUUUCAUCAAGGAAGGGAAAGAGAACGCAUCCAUCAUCGUGCGGAUCAAGAAUCAAGGCGAAGGCGCCUACUUGCCUGACGACUAUGGCAAGUCCAUAAUCGUCGAGCGCCAUUUCACAAAGAGCGGCUCAAGUGGUUUUAAGAUCAAAAAUGAGCAGGGGCGCAUCAUGUCGACAAAAAAGGCCGAACUAGACGCCAUUACCGACUACUUUUCUCUUCAAAUUGAUAAUCCCAUGAAUGUUCUCUCGCAGGAUAUGGCUCGUCAAUUCCUCAGCACUUCCAGCCCGGCAGAGAAAUACAAGUUUUUUGUCAAGGGUGUUCAGUUGGAACAACUUGAUCAGGAUUAUCGUUUGAUUGAGGAAUCCGUGGAUCAGAUUGAGGAGAAGCUCAGAACUCAGGCGCCAAAUAUUCGGUUCUUGGAGAACCAGAGAGACAUGGCAAAGAAAAAAUUGGAACUUUCUGACCAGCAAGACUCCCUGAGGGAACGUAUCAGGACCUAUCGGAGACAGCUGGCUUGGUCUCAUGUGGAGGAUGCAGAACGAGUUAGAGAUUCAUUCACCAGCGAACUUGCCAAGGCAGAGGAUGCAAUUGCGAACGCUGAGGCCGAAUUGGGCCAAUUCGACGAUGCGCUCCAGGCCAAGGACGUCGAGAUGGAAACGGCAGCAGAUCAUCGUAAUAGAGCAGACCGUGCCCUAGAGGAGUGUCGAAAGGAGAAAGAAGAGGCCGAUGACAAGGUGAUCAAACAGACAGCUGUGUUUCACGAGGCCAAGUCCGAUCACCGAGGGAUCAAAGACUACGUCACGGAAGCGACUGGACGUCUUGAAACGGCAAAGGGAAAGGUGGAGGCUGAGGAACUCCGUCUCAUUGAGGUAAGCAAUGGGGGUUACGCUCGAAAGCAGGAGGAAUGUGAGGAGGCCAAAAAUCACGCUGCAGCUGCGCGGACCGAAUAUGAGUCGUACCAACAACGCCAACCCUCUUUGCGAGCAGCCAUCAAGUCCGCCGAGAGCAAAGAACAGGAUGCCAAAAAGCAGUGCGCCCUUAAGACAAAGGACUUGAAUCAAGCCGACAACAGGUUGCGAGAACUCACAAAAGAAAAUUCACAACUCAAGGACGGCUUCCCCAAUAAAACACAAGCGCUCCUAAGGGCAAUUCAGCAAGAACGCUCAUUCGCAUCUCCUCCGGUCGGACCGAUUGGGCGUCACGUCACCUUGCUUAAGCCAAAAUGGGCUUCUGUUAUUGAGAGUACGCUUGGGAACACUCUGUCCAGCUUUGUAGUAAAAACCCAUGGCGACCAAAAAAUCCUCAGUGGCAUCAUGAAGCGGGUGGGCUGUCAAUGCCCAAUCUUGGUCGGGUCUAAUGAGAACAUCGACACGACAGGAAAUGAGCCGGACAGUCAGUAUGACACGGUUCUGAGAGUCUUGCAGAUCGACAAUGAUCUAGUUCGCGGCCAUCUUAUCGUCAGACACACUAUCGAGAAAAUGCUGCUAAUUGAGGAUUUGGAAGAGGCCUCGUCGCUGAUGUUCGACGGUCAAAGGCUCAGAAAUGUCGCCCGGUGCUUCAGUGUUGACUCAAUGGAUCAACGGCGGGGAGUUCAUCUCUCUUAUAACAAAGAAGGUGCUCCCAGUCAGUCGCCAGUACCGCCGUACAAAGGGGAUCCUCGGAUGAAGUCAGACCUGGCCUCUCAAAUCAAUCACCAGAAAGAGGUCAUCCAGAACCUCAAACGUCAAGUAUAUGAUCUUGAACAAGAGCGCAAGACUGCGGCCGAGCAUGUUCAAUCAUGCAACAAUGACCUGACGAACUAUCAACGAAAGGCUCAAGAUUUGAAGAUUGAGAUGCAGCGACUGGAAGAACAUGCCGAGUCCCUCAAAGAUGCUCUUGAGGACAACGAGGAUGGGCAGCUCGAAGCUUUGAAAAUAGCUCUGCAGAAAGCGGAAGCCGAGCUGCAAGAGCAUGAGGCAUCGCUUGAGGAUGGCAAGAGCACCGUAGCCGAGGCAGUAGAGAAGCUGAAGGAUUUGCGACGGGAGGUCAAAGACAAAGUCGAAGAAAUGACGACCCUGCAACAGAAUUUCGUUGUUGCCAAGGAGGAGCAGCAGCGAGUUGACAAUGAGCGCCAUCGAAUAAUCAGCGAAAAGAAUAGGGCCAUUACUCGCAUCGAAGAUGACAAGCGACACAGGGACCAAAUCCGGGAGGAACGCGACCAAUUGGUCGCUCAAGUCCUCGAUUUAACCGAGAAGGCCAGCAUGGUUGUGACGAGAGUUCCUGUGGACGAAGGCGAAACCACUGAUAGUCUCGGAACAAAGCUGGAGAAGUUGGAACGGGACAUGCGGCGAUACAGUGAUCAGCUCGGUGCUUCAAGGGAGGAAAUCGCCAAUGAUGCCUCUGCAACAGAGGCCAAGUACCAACUCGCCUUGAAACAGGUGCAAGAUAUGACUGCGUUGGCCGAGAUUUUCAAAAGCACCUUGGAGAACCGCAAGAAGCGGUGGGAGAUCUUCCGAUCCCACAUCUCAUCCCGAGCCAAGGCCCAGUUCACCUAUUUGUUGAGUGAGCGCAGCUUCCGAGGGCGGCUACUCACCAACCAUCAAGACAAGUUGUUAGACCUCCAGGUUGAGCCUGAUAUCACGAAAGACGAUAGUACAGGUCGUGGAGCCAGGACACUCUCAGGUGGUGAGAAGUCAUUUUCACAGAUCUGCCUGCUACUUGCCCUGUGGGAAGCUAUGGGGUCUCCUAUUCGAUGUCUUGAUGAAUUUGAUGUUUACAUGGACCAUAUCAACAGAAAAAUGGCCAUUGACAUGCUCAUGAUCGCCGCCCGACGGUCGAUUGGACGUCAAUUCAUCCUGAUCACCCCGGGUACCAAGACUGAUAUCACCAUAGCGCCUGAUGUACGGGUGAAGGAACUAGCAGAGCCAGAACGUGGCCAAACAACCUUGCCCUUCCAAAGGUAA